AUGGUGAGACAAUCAAGAGCAGCUAUCCUCCCCACCAACGUCAUCCUACUUCAAAAUCUGGUUAAGAGGGAUCCACUAUCGUACCGGGAAGAGUUUUUACAACAGUAUUCGCAUUAUGAAUCUCUGAGAGACAUUUUCAUGCUAAAGGCUCUAGAAGCACAGACUACUGGGGAUACCAACACCAAACAAUUUGUAGAGCUCGUGGGUUUUGUUAGCCAAGUGUGUUCAUGCUAUCCAGAAGAAACCGCCAAUUUUCCCAAUGAACUUAAACAGCUAAUAUUGGAUUAUCAUAGAUCGCUACCGUUCGAGGUACGGGAAAAAAUCGUAUCCUCCUUGACCAUGUUGAGAAACAAGGGCGUUAUCUCUGCGGAAACUUUGAUUCAAACGAUGUUCCCACUGUUGGUGGCAUAUUCGUCGCAAAGCAACUCUUUGGGCCACAAUUCACACGCCAAGGAAAUAAGGAAACUGGUUUACAGUACAAUUAUUUCGCUGCUCAAGAGCUGUAAUAUAGGUUCAAAAAACCAAAAACUGAAUAAGUCAACACAGGCAAUCUGUUUCAAUCUUCUGGACCAGCCGGACUCCCAGGGAGUAUGGGCUGCAAGACUUACGCGUGAGCUAUGGAGAAGAGGCAUCUGGGAUGACUCGAGAGCCGUUGAGAUUAUGACGCAAGCUGCGUUGAACGACGAUGUCAAAAUCGCAUAUUCCGGUGCUCUGUUCUUUUUGGGAGCCGACAAAGAGCGUGAAGAAAAUUUCGAGGAGAAAUCCGACGAUGAAGAUGUCGACAUGGAGGGCCUGAAACAUAAGAUGCAGAUUAACAAAAAGAGUGGUAAGAGGGGCAAAAAAUUAGAGGCCGCUUUGAAGUCUGUCAAGAAGAAGAGCGCGGCUCCUAAGACUCCCCAAGGGUAUCUCAAUUUCAGUGCUAUACAUUUGCUUCGUGAUCCUCAGGGUUUCGCCGAUAAACUUUUCUCAAAACAAUUGUCCAGUAAAAAUAACAACAAGUUCAACUUAGACCAGAAGAUUGCAUUGAUGCAGUUACUUUCUCGUUUAAUCGGUACUCAUAAACUGACGGUUUUGGGGAUUUACUCUUACUUUCUGAAAUACCUGACUCCAAAACAAAGAGACGUCACCAAGAUUCUUGCCGCUGCUGCUCAGUCGUCGCACGAUAUGGUCCCACCAGAGACCAUUGCAGAUUUGGUACGCAAAAUUGCCGACGAAUUCGUUAGCGAUGGUGUUGCUUCGGAAGUGGCGGCCGCGGGUUUGAACACCAUACGUGAAAUUUGUUCUCGUGCACCUUUGGCAAUUGAUGAAACUCUACUACAAGAUUUAACGGAGUAUAAGGGUUCCAAAGCCAAGGGAGUCAGCAUGGCAGCAAAGGGCUUGGUGGCUUUAUAUCGUGAAGUGGCACCCGACAUGCUGAAACGCAAAGACCGUGGUAAAGUUGCUUCUAUGGAGUUACAAGAAUCUGCUCGCGAAGGCAGGGUGUCGAAGAGACCUCAGUUUGGUGUGGAGAAUACCACUCAGGGCAUCGCAGGUAUCGAGCUUCUUGCCCAAUGGAAAAAGAAACAGCAAGACGCCGAUGGACAAGAUGUUGACGAGAAUGAUGAUCAAAAUUGGGAAGUCGAAGAAGAAGACAACGAAGAAGAGGAUAUUGAAGGUGAGUGGGUUACUGUAGAGAGCGACAAAGAAUACGAUGUGGAUAUGAGUGAUAGUGAUGACGAGAAGGAGAAGCCAAAAGAGGAAGAGGAGAAAAUCGACCCUGAAACGGCUUUUAGAGAUUUGGCAUCUUCUCGUGUUCUAACUCCUGCGGAUUUCGCCAAGCUCCAAGAGCUGAAAACCGAACAAGGUGUAGCCCGUUUGAUGGGUGUAAGAAACGAGGAAACUGUGGACUCUGAUAGAUUGGUAGGUCCUCUCAAACAUCGUAAGGCCACAAAGGAUGAGAGAAUUGCUAGCAUUAUGGAAGGUCGUGAGGGUAGAGAGAAGUUUGCUAGCCGCAAGAGUAAAAGAGAUGAGCAGCGUUCUACCACCAACCGUGAGAAGGAACGGAAGAAGAAUUUUGUCAUGAUGAUUCACAAGAGAUCUGUCAAGGGAAAACAGAAGAUGUCGCUUCGUGAUCGCCAGAAGGUCUUGCGUCAACACAUCACUAAACAGAAGAAGAAGGGUCAUUGA